CCACUGUGGAACUUCACCUCAUCUGUAGCCUGUCUUCAGUGUGGUCUGAGAGAUAAAAGGGUCCUCAACAUCUGCACAGCAGAUAAGCUGGAAAGGUGGCAACUCCACGUCCCACCCUGUACAAAGAAAUCAAGCAAACAACUUUGCAAGAGGACAGUUUUUAAGACAGCUGGAAGAAGGAGCCACUGCCCACCAGAGCAAGCAGAAGCUGAAUAUUUUCAUGGUACCCAGAACCAGCCAUGGGCCAAGGUCUGAGCAUCCAAAAAUGUGAUUUCAUGAUCCCAGAGAAUAACAAAAGCCACCACACAGAAGAAAUCAGCACUAAAAGGCUCAUAGUGAGGCGGGGACAGCCAUUCACCAUCACUGUGAGCUUCUCAGUUCCAAUACACAACUACCUGAAGCAGAUGAAGAGAACCUUCCUCGUUGUACAGACAGGGUCACAUUCUUCCAAAGCAGAUGAAAUCCAGGCUGAAUUUCCCAUCUCCAGCCUGGGAGACCAGAAGCAGUGGAGUGCAGCAGUGGAGGAACAGGACCCAAACUUCUGGACCCUGUGUGUGAACACACCUGCCAAUGCCCCCAUUGGCCAGUACACUCUGCUUUUUCGUGCCUCCAAAUCCCCUCAGCUCCUGGGCAGCUUCAUCCUCCUCUUUAAUCCCUGGUGCCAAGAUGAUGAGGUGUUCUUGGCUAAUGAGGUACAGCGACAGGAGUACAUUUUAAACCAAGAGGGCAUCAUCUACCAGGGGACUGAAAAUGCAAUCCUAGCCCAACCCUGGGACUUCAGUCAGUUUGAAGAGGAUAUGCUUGACAUCUGCUUCAUGCUGCUGGCUCUAGGGGAGCACUUCCAAAGAGAAAAGGAUCCUGCCCAGUGCAAAAACCCCGUCCAUGUCUGCCGAGCAGUUGCUGCCAUGGUGAACUGCAAUGAGUUUAGAAGCCUGACAGAAUACGAGCCUGGGCAACACAAUAAUGGGACACCCCCUUCCACAUGGCUGGGAAGCAGCCCCAUCCUCCAGCAGUGGAUUGCAUCAAAAUUCCAGCCUGUCCGCUACGGGAGGUGCUGGGUGUUUGCUGCAGUCCUGUGUUCAGUUCUGAGGUGCCUGGGAAUUCCUACCAGGGUGGUCACUGGCUUUACAUGGGCUCACAACACCAAGAGCAGCCUGAGUGUGGAUGAGUAUUAUGAUGAAGAUGGGACACUGCUCACGCAGGACAACAGUGCUCGUGUCUGGACCUUCCAUGUUUGGAAUGAAUGCUGGAUGGCUCGGUCAGACUUGCUACCAAAGUACAGUGGGUGGCAGGCACUGGAUGCCACCUGCCAGGAAAAAAGCACAGGUCUGUCCUUCUGUGGGCCAGCCCCUGUUCAUGCCAUCAAGGAAGGUGACACACAAGUUGAUUAUGAUGUCUGCUACUUCUUUGCUGCCAUCAAUGCCAAGUGUCAUGUCUGGAUACACAAGGCAGAUGACACCCUCAAGCCAGCUUUUGGUGGCACAAAAUACACUGGUAACAACAUCAGCACCAAGAGCGUGGGCAGUGAGCGCUGUGAGGACAUCACACAAAACUACAAGUACCCUGAAGGUUCUCUCCAGGAAAAAAAAGUACUUGACAAAGCCUAUAGAAAUAUGAAGGAACUUGAGACAACCAGCAGCAGCACACAGUUUAUCUUCAUUCCUACUGCUCUGGAAGAGCCACUCAACCUUUUCAUCCACUUCCAGUCAAGUAGUUCUUUGCAACUGGGACAAGAUAUUACACUUUCCAUUGAAGUGUUUAACAACAGUGAUAGAGAAAAGGCUACUCACUUGGUAGCUGGGAUCCAGGCUCUGCAUUAUAAUGGUGUGCCCAUUGCCCAACUUUGGAAGGAAGAGUUUCAUUUUAACCUCCACAGCAAUUCAGUCAAUAACCUGCGGGUCUCUGUGCCUUACACAUGGUUUGGAAAAGAGCUGGGAGAGAACCACUUGCUCAGGUUGACUGCUGUGCUGAGAGACGAGGACUCCUCCUACAUGUACCUGGCACAGGAAGAAAUCAGCCUUUGUGAUUCCCCUCUCACCAUUGAGUUCCCAGAAAACAUGGUCCAGUAUGAGCCAAGCACAGCAAAGAUCAGCCUCCAGAACCCCCUUACAGAACCCCUGGAGCAGUGUGUGAUAGCAGUCGCAGGGCGAGGGCUCAUUUACAGACAAAGGAAUUACAGGCUGGGCUCUGUGCAAGCUAGAAGCACUCAAGAGCUGCAAAUCCCAUUCACCCCCACUCGAGCAGGGCCCAGUAGACUCACUGCACGUCUUACCUGCCUCCAGCUCCAGAACCUGAAGAGCUACAGAACCACCAACAUUGCAGCUGCCUGAGGCCCAGCUCAGAACAGGUCCUUACAAAAGAGUGGCCAUGAUCUGUGCCCUGAUCAUUGGCAAGCAUAGAUGUUAACAGCUUAAUAAAAGUCAUAUUUAAAAACA